AUGGAGGAUGUUAGAGAAAUCUCCCGCUCAGAAACUACGAACCAGAAUGUUAACCUCGUACAGAACACCGAAAAGACGCUAACUUUGUUCGAAAGUCCUGAAAUCGAUUCACCUAAUUCCACUUUUUCUGGAACUAUACAAAAGGCUACGAAGAAUCAUGCGGAAUAUGUAAAUGAAGAAGACGGUAUCCCUGGUAAUGAAUCUGAAAUCUUCGAUGCCAAAGUAUCUGAUGAAAAAGCAGAGAUUGCUGAGACAAUCCGAAAAUCUCCUGAGGUUUUAUUAGAGGACACUCAUAUGUCUACUAUGUCUGAUGAGUUUUCAGAAGCCAGUUAUGCUCCAGAAAAUGAAAAAGAUCCAUUUUUUCCAAAAAGUGGAGAACCUGUUAUGCGUGCAGACGCCACCAUUUUUGAUCACCAACUGGAGGAUCUUAAUCAGGAAAAACAGUUUAAACGUCAGUUUCAUCUUACUGAUAGCUGUCCAGCAACAGAUUCACUUCCCGAAAUUUCGCUGGCUGAGACUACCGAAUUAGAAGUAUGCAACGACGAAAGCCAGCCCCAAGAUCAACGAGGGGACAUCUCAGUUUCGCUGGAAUGUAUGGCAGGGGAAAACUUGCCGUUGAAUGAAGAAUUAGAAGAAAAUUUGACAACUGGAACACUUACAGACUCAAUGCCUUUAAACGCAGAGGAGUUUGAAAAUAAUAAACUCAACAAUAGCAAAUCGAGGAUUGGGGUAAAAUUACGUGGAAACGGGCCAACCAAGGAAAUCUGCGGUUCCGAUCCGAGGAUACAAUAUGAAUCAAACCCUGAACUUACAGUUCCUGAAGAAACUGUAGAGGAAGAGCUGGUAGAAAAGACACAACAUUUUACCUUAGAGCAAGAUUCAGCUGUAGAAGGAAUCGGCAAUGAGGAUUUCAACCAGGCACUCGAGGUAGCCGAGUCAGCAUCCCCAGUAAUAACGCAGGACUUUGAGACGGAAGCGGUAAACCCAACGCAUGCUAAUGUGGUCCAUAAUGUGACAGAAUUUCACCUGGCAACAGUUCAAGCUGCACCUAUUAAUUUUUCAACCGACGAGUCCCACAGCGAAAACGAGGAAGUGGUGACAACGAUCGCCCAGGAAUUUGUUCCGGAGGUUAAGUUAGAAAAGGUUCAAUCAGUCGAAGUUCCUCAACAUCUUAUGACUGUAAAAAAAUCUUCCGAAACCAUGAGUUUAGUUAAUUCGUCCAAUUUAACCCCAGCAACUGAACCUUCCACUGAAGCAGCGUCGUUGCAACUGCAAGCGCAGUCUGUUAUUUCUGAUGACGAAAAGACCAGCAUCGUUCCACCCGGUACAGGGUUAAAUCAAACGUCUAUAUUGAGCGGCAACGAAAAUGAAUCUAAAAAUUCAGACUCCGAAAUCGAUUUUGACACAAAGUACGCCCUCUUUGUGGAAAAGGUGCUUCCAGGUCAUGAAGUCUACUACCUGCCCCCAAUUAACUCGAAGAGGAAACAGGUGAGUUUUCCGCGAGCAGGCACCCUUAACCAGCCCUGGACGAGGCCGAGAAGUUCCCCACUCUAUGACUUAUCAACCGGCGCAAUGCGGGCUAAAUCAGCGACCCUGGGGGCGCCCCAUCGAAGUCGGCAUCGCUUGCAGCCAAAACCAGCUGUUAACGAUGAUUACCUAUUUCCGGACUCAGUAACACCAUCAAAAGUUGAGAAAGCCCUUAAUGAAGACGAAACAAGUACUUUUGACGAAAAGAGAAAUCUAUACGAUGUGCCGUUUAUGGAUGAUGAUGCAUUCCUUCCAAAGAAGUACCGGAGUGUGAUUUUAGUUGACGACGAUUCUAGUUUCGAAUCGGAGUAUUUAGAUGAAAAAAUAGACCUGCUUGGAACAGACCACCUGGCCGAAAUGGAUGAAACGUCUUUGCAUAUGAGUAAGCUUACUUAUUAUAAUUACUCUCAGAUUUGA